UGAUUGUACAUUCAUUUAAAUAAGGAAUAGUCGCUCAAUCAUGAUUAUUUAACAAGAUUUUUCUAAUCUAUCCAACAUGUUUGUAAUAAAUGCGUCGCCAGUCGUAGUAGUUUGUUUUCUUAUGACAUGUGCAUGACCUGCUAAAUCGCACUGUUUCGUAUUUUGUAUUGAUAAUUUGGAAUAAGGAUUUAUUUGAAAUAUAUUUGAAACAAAUGAAAAAUGUCUUUCAUUAGGACACUUUGGAAAUGUACAUUUAGCCCUAGGCUUUUCAAAAUUUAUGAAAUAACAUGGAUUGGUCGUUUAGUAGAUAAAUCUUACGAACCUAAUAGUAUAGAACGAUGGGGUGAUCAAAUCGUAAUUUGUUUUGCAGCAAUUUGGUCCAUAAGCCUGUAUACUAUACCACUAGUUGCCAUUUUCUUCUAUCAACGUAAUAGUUCAUUAUCCGAUAAUAUUUACUCUUUGAGUAAAUUAGUUGUUGGUGCCGGUGCAAUUUUUAUUGCAUCACUGAUUGCACGUAGUUGUUCAAGAGCUAAUAAUCCAGUGUAUUUAAAAUUUCUAAAAACACUAGACGAUGCUAAUGCACAUUAUAAUACAGAAACAAAACAGGAACUUCAUAAAUAUGAUUUUGAGUUUUGGGCAUGGCCUGUAGAUUUUAAAGUCCCUGAUAUAGUCGGAGAUAAACAUCAGGAAAAAUUGACACUGGAAAAAAUUGCAGUUUCUAGUGGACGUGUUAAAAGGCAAAGUGGUAAAGAAUUUGUAUUUACAUUGCCAUGUAAAUUGUUGUCAUAUAUUGUAGCUCACACAUUUGGUAUAAAAAUGAUAUAUCCCGGAAGUGUAUCGGUAAUUAAUUGGGCAUUUCGCUCUACACUUUUAAAAGGAAGAAUGGAUUUAAUAAAACGAGGUGGGGAAAGGUACAAAUUGUUAACUGCGGAUAAUAAUGAAAUUGACACUAUGUUCAUUGAUCAGCGUAACAAAACCUCAAAUGGAAAUGUAUUGGUUAUUACAUGCGAAGGAAACUGUGGGUUUUAUGAAAGUGGUAUUAUAUCAACUCCAUUGAAUAAAGGAUAUUCUAUAUUAGGUUGGAACCAUCCAGGCUUUGGUAGUAGCACUGGUGCGCCGUAUCCUCUGCAAGAAGAGAAUGCUAUCGAUUGCGUAAUGCGCUUUGCAAUCGAUCGAUUAGGAUUUGACGAGGAACAAAUAAUUCUCUAUGGUUGGAGUAUUGGUGGAUAUCCUGCAACUUGGGCUGCAAUGAAUUAUCCAUCUAUUCAAAGCCUAGUGUUAGACGCUACAUUUGAUGAUAUACUUCCAUUAGCCAUUAUGACGAUGUCCUCGUCCCUAGAAGGCUUGAUACGAAACAUUAUAAGGGAUUAUUUUAAUCUGAAUAUAGCAGAACAGUUAAAUAGGUAUAAUGGAACAGUAUUGCUUAUACGAAGAACAGAUGAUGAAGUUGUAUGCACGCCAAGUAACACUUUAUCAGGAAAUCGAGGUAACAUGUUACUUACAAAACUUCUGAUGCGUCGUUAUCCACAUCUUUUAUCAGAAACCGCAGAAUGCGCUGUGCUUUUAGUAAGAUUCCUUUCAGCGGAUGUCGCUGCCAGAAAAUCGCUAAUUGAAACAGUAAAGGUUGACGAAAAACAAUGUUUAGAAUUAAUUGCAGAAGAUAUAGAAAAUAAUGGUGGUAUCGUGAGUUAUCCCUCUACCCUUGGGCAAGAUUGUGAUUCUAAAAUAAAACAACAACUCAUUCUGUUUCUCGCAACAAUGUAUAUGAAAGAUCAACCAUCCUCGCACUGUACCCCAUUAGCAGUGGACUUGUUUCAUCCUGGUUGGGAUCCCGCAUCUGCAAUGUCCAUAAAACAUUGAAAGUUCCGUGAUAUUAUAAUUGAUUAAUUACUAGAAGCUUUAUUCAAAGUUUUUAUUUUUUACAGUAAUAGGAACAAGGGUUAUUUAUUCUACACGAAUUUCUAUCUAUUUUUCAUGUUCUAAAUUGAUUCAAGUAUUAAAUUUAAUCGCAUUUUAUAUAUUCGUUAUUAAAAAGUUCUAGUCUGAUCUAAUUCUCACGUAUACGGUCUGACAAUUCGUAUACUUCACAGGAUAAAAAAAUGACGACAUGCACGACAAUACAUCAUACAAAAAAAAAAAA